GAAAAUGUGUGCACCAAGUAAAACCAUUUUAGAUAUCAUUAUUAUCAUCAAUCCUUUCUUCUUGUAAUUCUUCCACUUUCCAAUAUAUUAUAUUCCCAAGAAUUAAACAAGAAGUUAUGUCAUGGACACCCUCUUACUGGCUCGAGAUAGCUCAAGGGAUGAAUGUCCGGCUUCUUCUUCUUCAUUUACUCCGGUGGAAGGAGACUACUUCGACGGGGUCUUCAAGUACAUACAGCAGAUUCUUAUGGAGGAAGACGACUUGGAAUACAGGCCCUGCAUGUUCCAAGACUCCAUGGCUCUCCAGGCAGCUGAGAAAUCAUUCAGCCAUCCAGUUCCAUUGAGAGCACGAACAGACGGGGAAGACGAUAACAGAGAGGAAUGAAAUAAAAACAAAACACAGCCGAGAUGUUGAUCAAUGGUGUGAAGAAGAGCGCAAAAGCAAGCAGCUUUUUGCCAAUGGGUUUGAUCAAGAGACAGAUGAAUUAGAGCAGAACUAUGACAGAGCGCUGCUUUGUCCUUCCAUGAAUCCUGCCUUCUAUGACAGACAGCUCAUCAGCUUCAUGGGUUUCUGAGGAAACUUCAAGAAAUGAAGGAAGAGACAAGAAGUACAUGGAGGGCAGUAAGCGUGGAAGGCCGAGAGGGAGCAAGAAAGGAGCCAAGGCUAAGGAGAUCGUCGACCUCGCCAGUCUUCUAGCUCAUUGUGCCCAAGCGGAGGCUACAGGAGACAAGAAGUUCCAACAAUGGCUAACAACCAUCAGGCAACAUUCUUCCCCAUAUGGUGAUGCUACUGGAAGGGUUGCGCACUGCUUCGCAAAUGCACUUGAGGCUGCUCUACUGCCUCCGGAAUAUCCUUGUACACAACUAGCAAGAAAAUGUCAGCUGCAGACUACCUGAAUGCUUAUCAGUUCUACAUAACAGCAUGCCCAUUCAAGAGAAUGUCCAACAUUUUCGCAAACAAGUCGAUCGCCAAAGAUUCAUAUCAUUGAUUUUGGCAUUCUAUACGGGUUCCAAUGGCCGUGCAUAAUUCACGGCAUUUCCUUCCGGCCUGGAGGACCUCCACAGCUUCAGAUCACCGGAAUUGAUUUCCCUCACCCGGGCUUCCAGCCUGCCGAGAGGGUCGAGGAAACCGGACAUCGACUCAAGAAGUUUGCGAGGAGAUUCAACGUCCCCUUUGAGUAUAAAAUGCCAUAGCUGCCAAGAACUGGGAGAACAUUAAUCCAAAGGAUCUCAAGAUUGAUCCAGACGAAACAAUUGUGGUGAAUUGCUUGUACAGACGAAAGAAUGUCACUGAUGAGACGGCAGGGGAGAAGAACAGCCCUAGAGAUUCCCAAGUUUUUUUGUUCAUGGAGUUGUGAAUGCCAUGUACAAUGCCCCGUUCUUCACGACAAGAUUUCGGGAAUCUUAUUUUCACUUCUAUGCAAUGUUCGACAUGUUCCACGCAACGAUGCCACACGAACACAAAGGACGAAUGAUGGUUGGGCAAGACAUAAUGGGAAGGGAAGUUCUAAGCGUGAUAGCAUGUGAAGGAAAAGGAAGGGUGGAGAGAUCGGAGACUUACAGACAAUGGCAGGUGAGAAAUCAGAGGGCAGGAUUCAAAGUGCUUGGAUUGAAUCAAGAGAUCAUGAAGGAAAUGAGGGCAAAUGUUAGAAUGGGGUACCACAAAGAUUUCAGUGUAGAUCAAGAUGGAGAAUAGAUGUUGCAAAGUUGGAAGGGAAGAGUCAUCUUUGCUCUCAGUUUGUGGAAGCCUCUUCAACAUUGAUCACUGCAUAUUCCUUUCCACUGUUGCAUGCAAUGCAUACUGAAUGCCAUUUUGUUACCUAAGUUGUCUAUGUUUCCACUAGGUUCAUCUCACUUUUGCAUUGACUAUGUUUUGUUAUUUUUAAAGUUAAUUUUCUAAAUAUAGGUAAAUGAUAGCCCACAUGAUUGAUCUGACUCUGAGUGAGUGGGC